CUGCCAACUUUCUUUUCUUCUUUCCCUACGUCACUAUUCACCUGCCAACCGCCCACAAAAACUGCAUUAUUGCGGUUGAAAUUAAUCAACCCGGCCGGGUGGAAUUAAUUGGCAUAAAAUUCACCCGGCCGGGUGGCCAAUUUUGACAGUUUCCUGGAAUUUUCGUAUUUUGAACAUCAUACCCGGCCGGGUAGAAUUAUUAGGCAUAAAAUAUACCCGGCCGGGUGCCUCAUUUUGAGCACUUUCUGCCCGGUCUGUCAACUUGGAAAUUUUGCACAACUUUUUCACCAUCCGAGCUUCAUUCCUUGUUUCUUUUCACCAUUCAUUCCUUUUCCUACACAUAAAACAUACUUUUGCAAGCAUUAAACUAUAUAAAUCAUGUAAAGUUAGGGGAAUAAAAAUGUACAAUUUGAUUCACAUCAAUAAUCUGUACGCAGCCCCGAAGAAUAUCAGCAAUGACUGUCGCAGAAAGAGUUUAUGCUGAGCGGGGAGAGCGUCUUGGUGAAUCAAUUGGAUAUAAAGUGCGAUUAGAGGGAAUGAAAGGCAAGAAUACACAUUUGCUUUUCUGUACCACUGGAAUUUUGCUCCGAAGGCUCUUGAGCGAUAGAAACCUAGAUGGUGUAACACAUAUUUUUGUUGAUGAAAUUCAUGAGCGAGGCAUGAAUGAAGAUUUCUUGUUGAUUGUCUUAAAGGAUCUUCUUCCACGACGACGGGAUUUGAGAUUAAUCUUGAUGAGUGCCACUCUGAGUGCUGAUCUAUUUUCUAAUUAUUUCGGUGGAGCACCUAUGAUUCAUAUUCCUAGCAAGUUUUAUAUGGGUGCACGGCUUCACUUAUCCCGUGAGAGUCUGUUUUCUGGAAGAUAUACUGGAAAUGACGGGAUAUAAGAUAAGCUUCGGAAGACACAAAGACAACUUGCACCACAGAACUAUAGCGCUAGAGAGUACAACAGUCGUUAUGGUACUGGAUACCGGACAUUGUUGGGUUCAACCUCUUAAAGGCUGUACAUAACUUGCAACGAACGAACGCCUUGGGGCUGUGUUGGUAUUUAUGACCGGGUGGGAGGAUAUUAGUUGUUUGAGGAAUCAAAUAAAAUCUCACCCUCUCUUAGGUGAUCCGAAUAGGGCCAUGCUGCUUACAUGCCAUGGCUCAAUGGAAACUUCUGAACAGGUAAAUGGUUUUUGGA